AUGUUUGGCGGAGAUGCGAUCUGGGCCUUGCCCGUCAUGUGGCUUCUGACGGGGUUGGUUUUCUUCUUUUUGGUUCUACGACUCUACACCCGUAUCGUAUGUGUUGCUUCAUACGGCGUUGAUGACCACAUCUACAUUGUGGCGUUUGUUUUCUUGUUGAUCUUCAACGUUUUCAUCCACCUUUCAGCCAACUACGGAUUCGGGCAGACCAUGGACGAGAUCGGGAAUAUGGACGAUGUUACGAAAGCUACAUUAUACGAAUGCAUCGGCCAAGCCUUUGCAAUUGUCGGAAUGGCCAUUGCAAAGUGGUCGAUGGGAUUCUUCCUAUUGCGCUUGGUGACUGUGAAAUGGCAAACGACCGCCAUUUGGGUUGCGAUGGUGACCGUCGGCCUGGCAUCUAUUGUUUCAACGAUCUUGGUGGACACGUUCUUUGCAAUUUUCCCAUGGGUAUUCAUCUGGAAGCUGCAAAUGCCGAAGCGAGAGAAGAUCACCAUUGCAGCAAGCAUGAGUUUUGGGUUGAUCGCUGCUGCUGCCGGCAUCAAGCGAACAGUCGAAGUCGAGGGCUUAUACACAAUGAACUAUCUGAAAGAUAGUGUCGGAUUGAUCGUUUGGUCAGCUGCCGAAAUGGCCAUCACCAUGAUCUGUGUCGGCAUUCCUGUUUGCAGGCCUCUGUACAAGCACUUGUUCUCUCACUUUACAUCUCAAAACGCAAGUGCAGGCUACCAGAAACAAAACGAAGAAAGAACCUCAUCUUCGGUUGCACUGAGGACCAUCGGUGGAGGUCUCAUUGGUGCAGACGGUCGAUCGUUGCCUCCGAGCAAGAACAGCACAGCGAACAAAUCAGAUAACAAGUCUGACUCAGAUGAUGUUAGCUUCACGGAAGUUCAACUUGGGAUCGGAGGCAGCUUCACAAAGACUCGAGUAGACGGAGGUAGCAGGAUGAUGCAUAACACUUCGGAUGAAGAGAUACUUGGAGAAGAGUUCAGGCAAAGCCAAAAGAUUAAAAAGGAUGGUGGAAGUAGGGCUACGCCGGAAGCCGCGUCGGGAGGGAUCACUGUGACUGAAACCUAUAAGGUUGAACGGUCCUAA